GACUUGUCUGGGGCAUCUCUAUCACAAAACUUGAAUGACAUUGGCUAAGACACUGGGAUUUGUUUGGCAUGCCUCGAAGCCCAUAUGAAACAAACACUUUGGUUUCUCGUGUGCGAGAAAGGGAGGAGAGAAUCUUAAAUUCUUCUUAAGUUGCGAUUUAUUCCCAUCUCCCGCAGCAUACAGUGAAGGAUAAUGCGAAGGAACGUCUUUCUGAUCUAACAAGCAGCUGCUGUAGGUGAGAGAGGUUUUGGGUGGAAAAAGAAGUACUGUUAGCCUUUUCCUUGGAAGUGCUCUUUUUCCUGUUUCGCUCCUUCUCCUUCUCCUUCUCCUUCUUCAGAUCAUAAGAUUUGAUCUUCCUCUUGGAAACUCUACACACAGAUUCAAGCAGGGAAUACAUCGCCAAACUGGAAAUGUGACUUUAAACGCAUUUCUGCUUGCAAGUUCUUGGAAAGUAGGCAUUGUGGAUUCAACGGUAUAUAUAUAAUUUCUCGAGGAGGCAACUGGGCUACGCCUAACACAAGCAAAAAACAUGGAGAAAUUCCUCAAGCCCUACGACAAGGAACACAUGAGAAUGGCCAUGUUAAAACAUGAAGAAACAUUCAAAGAGCAGGUAUGUGAACUUCAUCGUCUAUAUCGAACCCAAAAAAUUAUGAUGAGAAACAUUGAAAGCAACAGGUCUAGUGCGAGGAGUGGAGAAUUAUGGAGCUCAAAAAAUGGCUUUAGCUUUAAUCAGACUAAUCAUGCACGCGAUAUGCAGCAGAAGUCGAUAGCGAAACUUGACUUGGAGAGGCCUGCUGAACUUUAUGUUGCAGAAUCAAAUGCAGAUACAGUAUUAGAGCUAAUAGAUGAGAGUGAGAUUCAGCUAACACUUGGACCUUCGAGCUAUAACAGAAGGAGGAAACGUGAAACACCACUAACUUCAGAUUCAGGACCAAGCCUCUCUUCGACUUCCACUGGAUCCAGUCAUUUAAACAGGACAAGUUCCUUGACAAAUCAAAAGAUCAACACCAGAAGAGAAGAGUUAAGUGGCCCCGAAUUGGGGCUUUUCCAGGUUCCUGACAUUACCUUGGGGUACCAAAAUGGAAGUAAAAACAGUAUUGGCGUUGAAGAACAAGUAGGGCAGGAUAGACUAAAACAACCUCCUUGGCUUUGUCAAGUUUUGCGUCUGAACAUCGCUUGAAAAAAUAUCUUUGAAGUCGACAUGACAAGAUUUUAGACUGAUUCUUACCGACUAAAUCUAUCAGCCAUGCUUGUAUUGGUUUUCUGCUUAGCUACUAGCAUAAUGGGUUUCUUGUGUAAAGAUGAUUUUCCCUGUGCCUUGCAAAACGCAUUACAAUUUAAUUAUAAUCUAAAGACUGACCUUUUCUGUUCCA